AAUUUUACGCGUAGUGGCGACUGCGGUCGGCCGGACAUCGUUACAAACCAAACGGCUGCCGUACAGUCCGGUCGGUGCCGUCGCCGCGGGUCCACCGUCUGAUCGUUUUCAUACAUAUUUUGUAUGCUAUCACACUGUUGUUGCACUCAUAUAUUAUAGCGAGCAGAGCGUAUAUAUUCAUUCUCUAGCGCCAUCGAGUCUGCUGUCCGUGUACUGUUUGGAUUUCCGAAUUACCCGACGACCGAUCGCCGCGCGCGCAACGAGUCUGCCACGAAUUUUUUUCCCAAAAACAGUUUGUUUUUAUUACUCUCGACGCGAGCCGCAGUAAACACCCACCGCAAACAUGAGACCGCCGAUCGAAGAGGAAAUCGAAGCCGCCGAGGUGGAAGUGGACGACGGCCAGCAGACCGCGGUCAUGUUGGUGUCCACCAGACUGGCAGGCAACGCGGUUAUCCGAGUGGUUAACCGGUGCAACGAGGCGCAGGAGAGCCACAACCUGGAUUUGUCCGAAUGUCAGCUGAUGCAGAUCCCCGACGCGAUUUACCUGCUCAUGCAAAACACGCAACUGGUCACGUGCGAUCUGUCGAACAAUGUGAUUUCAAAACUGCCGGUGAAGUUUACCGAACGAUUUCCGACCAUCACAGAAUUAAAUUUGUCUCACAAUCAAAUCAGUAAAUUGCCGGACCAACUGUCAGAAAUGAAGAACCUUAAAAAGUUGAACAUUUCAUUCAACUCAUUUGUCGAGUUACCAGAACCGAUUGCUCAUUUAGGAGAACUAACUACUUUGAUAGCUAACAAUAAUUUUAUUAUUGAUGUAAAUGUUAGGACAUUGGAAUCAUGUUUGAAGCAUUUGAAAGAAGUUGAUCUCAAGGAUAAUCCACUUAAUACUUCGACGGUGGAUGCGCUGGAACAAGAAUUGCCUUUCAGGGUGAUGUUUACACCCCCGACCGACGAAGACUGGAGAGAUUUAGACAAUUGAUUAACAAACAAAACAUUUGACAAUACAGAAAUAUAUUUUUUAAUUAGCUAAUAAAAUGUUUUUAUUCAUUUUUA